UAUCAGUCACCCGGACGAGUCACAGUACCGCUCGCACACGAACCACACCGCUAUCGGAUCGGAGAAGCAUUGGCCUGGCAAAACUGAAAAAGGCAAAGAAAUAAAGCUCGAAGAACGCUCGGUGACGAUAACGUGCGCCCCCGAAGAAACUCCCUAGUAGUAAUCAAGCGUGCAAGUGUGCCACAGUCUUGCAUUAGCUCUGGACCGGAACGGGGCAGAACCACAGCAGCGGGACGCGAUUGUGAUCCUCCGAUCGGUCGACAACCCACCGUUUUUUUUGAAGGCGCAUCUGUGCGUAACAUCGCUUAGAGGAUCACCAAUUCUUCCCACACAAACAACUAGACGCUAUGACGUUCAGAAAGCAUCGCUGGUUGGUACUGGCCCAAUUUGCAUCGGUGCUACUCGCGGUGUCUCAGCUGGCCGGAACAGAUGCGUCGUACGAAUACGAUGACUAUACCCAGGAGGGAACCAUCGAGGAAGUCGUCCAGUUCGCACGAUCUACACCGGAAAGCAAAAGUUACGUAGUGUCGGUGGUAGAAUUCCAUCCCGAACCAAUGACGAUGCCCGCCGCAGUGCGGACCGAUCUACAUCUAGCAGAGUACGGUCGUCUAAUACGAUCACCGGAAGCGAAGCCCGCCGAUAUUAUAGUGUUCCCGGAGCUAACGCUCAACACCCUCUCCGAUACAGUAUUCGUGCCCGAUCCGGCGCAUCGCAUUGCACCGUGUGACGAUCACGGUACCAUUCUAGUCACCCUGUCCUGUCUCGCGCGGGAAGUACGCAAAUAUCUGGUGAUCAACCUGUCGGAACAGUACUACCUACAGCAGCAGGGCAGAACCGUCCUGUACAACACGGAUGUCGUGUUUGAUCGGAACGGUACGGUUAUCGCGCGGUACCGCAAGUACAACCUGUUCAAGGAGCCGGGAACGAGCGUAACACCGUUACCGGAGUUGGUCAGCUUCGAGACUGAUUUUGGUGUACAUUUUGGGGUGUUCACCUGCUUCGACAUUCUGUUUGCGCUGCCAACGCUAGAGCUCGUUAAGCACGGAUUGCGAGACUUUGUGUUUCCCGCCUUUUGGACGUCGGAGCCCCCAUUUCUCGCCUCGACACAGAUCUUCGAAAGCUGGGCUUAUGCAAACGAUGCUAACCUGAUCGUUGCCGGUACGAAUUAUGGUCCAUCUGGCGCAACCGGAACCGGUGUGUUCAAUGGUCGCAACGGAGCACUGUUAGCACACUACACGGGUGAAGCUACACGUGCUCUAUACACAGUGACUGUGCCCAAGUCUGGAGCGGGCACCACUGCCCGAUAUCACUCUCAGACGAGCGAUGUGCUGGAGGUGCCAAUAGCAGAACCGAGUGGACAUCGCAUACCGGGUGGUGAAUAUGAAAACGUUCGCUUGGGUCGAGACUUUCUGGAGCAGUUCACCACAAUCCAGCUGAAUCCGAACUGGGAACAGGAAACGAUCGGUCAGAUCGUGUGCAGUGGAAUGUUUUGCUGUGACUUUACCGUGAGCUUAACGUUGGAUGCUGGGCGCGAACUAACCCACCACUAUCGGUUCGCGGUGUACGAUGGCGUACGUACCUUCCAGGGCUUUGCCGACGCACACGUGUCAAUAUGUGGCGUAAUUGCGUGCGCGAACCAAAGCAUUGCGAGCUGUGGACUAAUGUUGGAACACAAUUCGGAGUACCUGCAGUUUAACUCUAUCUCCAUUUCGGGACAAUUUAUCGCAAACGGUACGCUGGCGAUGCCUAAUACUCUCGACAUGCGCAUGUACUCGUACGAUGCUAGUCACUACAGCUUUACGGCCGAUGUCAACUAUUCCUCCAACAGCCAGAUUGUGACGAUGAACCUAACUACUCCGAUCAGCGACAUGCAAACGUUCGGUAUCUAUGCGUUCAACCACAAAGAGUUUGAAUUCUACAACCCGAUUCAACUGCCCGGCGACGACACUUCAAUACCGGACCAAGACGGUGAUGGUGGUGCUACCACGGGUGCAAAACCCUCAGCAAUUGCACUUCUGUUUCUGGGAGCUCUACUCACAUCCUGGCACUUGAUGACAUUCAAGAAGAUGGCGUAUGUUUAAUACCGACAUGAAGGGGUACCGAACCAUUUUUCCUUGCAACUUCAAAGUUCCUGUACAGUAUUUUCGGCCAAGCCUUCGAACCCCAAGCACAAUCACGCUUGAUGAUAACACGCUGUGCCAUCGCAUUCGUCAGUAAUUAGUGUAUUUACAGUUACGAGAAGCCAACUAAAUGUAGAGCAAGUACCAAAAACUCACACUACCAUUCUUGUUCGCAGUGGUGUACGAGAAGUAUGUCAAGGGCACCUGUUUUUAGAAGAAAAUUGUUGUGAUAACUAACUACGUUGAAGGUGCUUGUGAAUAUCUAGAAUAAGUACACCGAUUAUGGACCAUCUCAUUGUACCUCUGUGUUUUCAUAUGCAAUCACUAUUGGCUGGAUUUAUUUGCCCAGCUACUUAAUGUCUACAAAUGGUGUUUGUGCAAAUGAAGAUAUAUUUUUCUAUGUGCUAUACCGUAUCAAAACGAAUUAUUUCUACAACCAAUUAGUGACAAAGCCAUUGUUUUGAAAUUU